UCUCGCGAGCUUUGUCAGUAACAGUUGAUUGUAAUGUCAGUGCAGUCCAAUUUACAGGCUGGAGAAGCAGCUGCAUCCUGCUUUUCCCUGAAGUAUUAAAUGAUUUCAACUCCUUGCAAACUUUAUCAUCUUUGUUGCAGUGAUUCGGAAACCAAUAUGCAGAGCAAAGGCACAAUUAUAUACAUCAGAUUUCUCUUGUGGUUCCUCCUGCUCUGUAUGCUUAUCAGGAAGUCACACACAGAAGAAGACAUCAUAAUUACAACCAAGAAUGGAAAAGUCAGAGGGAUGAACUUGCCUGUUCUUGAUGGCACUGUAACAGCCUUUCUUGGAAUUCCUUAUGCACAGCCACCUCUUGGUAGACUACGAUUCAAAAAACCACAAUCCUUGACCAAGUGGUCCAAUAUUUGGAAUGCUACAAAAUAUGCAAAUUCUUGCUAUCAGAACAUAGAUCAAAGUUUCCCAGGCUUCCUUGGAUCAGAGAUGUGGAACCCAAACACUGACCUUAGUGAAGAUUGCUUAUAUCUUAAUGUGUGGAUUCCAGCCCCUAAACCAAAAAAUACCACAGUAAUGGUAUGGAUUUACGGUGGUGGUUUUCAAACUGGAACCUCAUCUUUACCUGUUUAUGAUGGCAGGUUUUUGGCUCGGGUUGAAAGAGUUAUUGUAGUUUCAAUGAACUAUAGAGUGGGUGCCCUAGGCUUCUUAGCUUUACCAGGGAAUCUUGAGGCACCAGGGAACAUGGGCUUAUUUGAUCAACAAUUGGCACUUCAGUGGGUCCAAAAAAAUAUAGCAGCCUUUGGUGGAAAUCCUAAAAGUGUCACUCUUUUUGGAGAAAGUGCAGGAGCAGUUUCCGUUAGCCUUCAUUUAUUUUCUCCUAAAAGCCACCCAUUUUUCACCAGAGCCAUUCUGCAAAGUGGAUCCUCUAAUGCUCCUUGGGCAGUAAUGUCUCUUAAUGAAGCUAGGAACAGAACGUUGACCUUAGCUAAAUUUCUUGGUUGCUUGAGAGAAAAUGAGACGGAGAUCAUCAAAUGCUUUCGCAAUAAAGAUCCCCAAGAAAUUCUUCUAAAUGAAGUAUUUGUUGUACCCUAUGAGUCUCUCUUGUCAGUGAACUUUGGCCCAGUGGUGGAUGGUGAUUUUCUCACUGACAUGCCAGACACACUACUCCAGCUUGGACAAUACAAAAAAACUCAGAUCUUGGUGGGUGUGAAUAAAGAUGAAGGGACAGCAUUUUUGGUAUAUGGUGCUCCUGGUUUCAGCAAAGAUAACAGCAGCAUCAUUACUAGAGAAGAAUUUCAAGAAGGUUUAAAAAUAUUUUUUCCAGGAGUGAGUGAUCUUGGAAAGGAAUCCAUCCUUUUCCACUACACAGAGUGGUUCGAUGACCAGAGAUCUGAAAUAUACCGUGAGGCCUUGGAUGAUGUUGUUGGAGAUUACAAUUUCAUAUGUCCUGCCUUGGAGUUCACUAGAAAAUUCUCAGAAUUGGGAAACGAUGCUUUUUUCUAUUACUUUGAACACCGAUCCUCCAAACUUCCUUGGCCAGAAUGGAUGGGAGUGAUGCACGGUUAUGAAAUUGAGUUCAUUUUUGGUUUACCUCUGGAAAGAAGAGUUAAUUACACAAAAGCUGAGGAAAUUUUGAGUAGAUCCAUAAUGAAACACUGGGCAAAUUUUGCAAAAUAUGGAAAUCCAAAUGGAACCCAGAGCAAUGGCACAAGAUGGCCUGUCUUCAAAAGCACUGAACAAAGAUAUUUAACCUUUAAUACAGAGUUACCAAGAAUAUCUGCUAAACUACGUGGUCAACAAUGCAAAUUCUGGACUCUAUUUUUUCCCAAAGUCUUGGAAAUGACAGGAAAUAUUGAUGAAGCAGAAAGAGAAUGGAAAGCAGGAUUCCAUCGCUGGAACAGUUACAUGAUGGACUGGAAAAAUCAAUUUAACGAUUAUAUUAGCAAGAAGGAAAGUUGUGUGGGUCUCUAAUUAAUAGAUUUACCCUUUAUAGAAUGUUCAUUUUCUUGUAGAUCAAAGCAAAAAUAUCAGUAGCUCUCUUACACACCUGGUAAGAAAGCUAUUAUAGAGCUGAAACAAAAAUGCCAAGAGGAUAAUAUCGAUUCCUCACAUCUUUCACUUAGUAUUUUUCCUAGCAUUCAAAACCCAAAUGGCUAGAACAUGUUUAAUUAAAUUUCACAAUAUAAAGUUUGACAAUUAGUUAUAUGCAUAUUAAAAUGAUGUGCUGCUUCAAACUCUCUUUCCAGAAUAAUUUUGCUAUGGUUUUUUUUUCCCCUAAAAAGUAACUGUGUUGUGUUUUUAUUCACAUAUGUAUCAACACUCAUACAAAAGUAUCUUUUUAAAAUGAAUUAGAUCUGGAAACACUGAAUAUUAUAAUAUACAACACUAUUUCCUCUAAUUUAUGAAUUUAAUGUCAAUAUGAGAUAUUAAAACAAACACAGAAAACAAUUGGCUUCCUUUGAUUCUUAUAUAAGGGCAGAGAGAAUUUUCAGAUAAGAGGUUCAAUCACUUGGAAAUAUUUUAUGAUAGAAACAAAGUGUUACCAACAGACAAAAUUAGAACAAUAUGAUUAACUCUACUAUGGAUUUUUUUAAAUCCUAUAUGCUUGGAGUCCCAAACUAUAUUCUCUCUUCUUACAACUCUUGCUCUUGUCCACUGUCCCCACACAUACCCCAGCAUU